AUGCGCACGCGGCUCUACGCGCGCGACCCGCUCGGCCUGCGCCACGAGUACUGGGCCGCCGCUGCUGAUAGGCCGCCGCCGCACAGCGACGUUGCUCAGUGUUGUAAUAAUACGCGCACGCGCCUCGACGCGCUGUUGCGCUGCGUGGAGCGGCUCUACGCGCGCGACCCGCUCGGCCUGCGCCACGAGUACUGGGCCGCCGCUGCUGAUAGGCCGCCGCCGCACAGGGCAGCAACUCGCGCGGCUACCCUAUACAAGUUCGUUCGCCUAUCGGGCGAGUUAGUAUGCGCGGCGCUGCUUCCAGCCUACUUACGGGCGCUGGCGGCGCUGGCGGUGCCGGUGCACACGUGGGCACUGUUAGCACGCCGCGACGCGCUGUCCGCGCACCAUCUGCUCACCGCGCUCGCCAGAUACUACACAAACCUGCGCGUGGAUCCGACGCCGUUCUCCGAACACCAGCAUUCGUCUAUGGGCGCGACUGCCAUCGUCACGCCAGCCGCGCGCCCGGGGAAACUUCUCGUGCGGCAGGAAGAGGUGGAAGCAAUGAUAGCCGCGCUAAAGCUGAUAGCGGCGGUGGCCAUACAAGAUGAAGCCGCCUGUGCUAGCAUUUGCGAAAACUUGCAGUGGGAUGCCGUCAACGUCAUGUUCGGGUUAAUCUGCUGCCACGUGCCGAUCCAGCUAAAAGCCGAGCUGUGCUUGACGCUGGGCGCGCUAGGCAGCACGGCCAGCACGGCGCCGCGCGUGUGGUGCGCGCUGGAGAGCGCGCAGCUGGUGUCGCCCACGGACGAGAAGCGCGCGCUCACCGCCGACCUGCAGGAGGUGGAGUGCCGCAUGGAGGACUACCCGCUGUCCCGCGCGUUUGUCUCGCUCCUGCUAUCGCUGUGUCGCGCGGGCGGCCUGCCGCGUGCACUGGGGGCGGGCACGCGCGCGCCGGGCCUCGCGCCCUACGCGCACCACGUGCUGGCGCGCCUGGCCCUGCCCGCUCCGCACCGCCCGCACGCGGACCCCGCGCGCCGCUGGCAGGUACAGCGAGCCAGGUGUAUAGCGAGCCAGGUGGCAUGGAGCCUCGCGCCCUACGCGCACCACGUGCUGGCGCGCCUGGCCCUGCCCGCGCCGCACCGCCCGCACGCGGACCCCGCGCGCCGCUGGCAGGUAUAGCGAGCCAGGUGUAU